UCCUUAAUUAGAUAGAUCCUUUAUUUUGACUUUUGGGUAAGCACUAUGCACUCUCAUGGAAGCCUCACCGUCCAACAGUAAUAUAAAGGGCCAAAAGAGAAGAAUAAGGUUUCAAAGUCACACGGGUAUGGGAAAAGAAAUUGGUCUGUUUGUCUGUAGGUGGUGCUCUUCUUGGUUGAGUUUUUAAUACUGUUUUUGUGUGGGUCUGUUCUCUUCUUUUACCUCCUUCCCCGUAGCUUCAGAGUCUAAUAUACUUGUCAAUUCUACCCACCACUGGCACUGAAGCUGUUAGCCACUCCACCGUCACUGCCCCUUUUAUAAAUCCCACACAAAUGGCAAUGGAUAGUAUUCAUUCAUAAAAAAGUAGUAUAUAUAUUUUUCAAGAAACUCGAAAUCUUAGCUUGAACCAAGUUUAAAUUUUGAUUCUGCCUCUGCAACCAGCACGACUUGUGUUUGUUGUUACUAAUUUUCCUGUCCGUUAUGGCUUUCCUUAGGUGCUUUGGAUAUAAUCUAAUAAGGCGCGGUGGAGUAGCUGAUGCCCGUAUUUUUGUGGAAGACGAUAAAGAUGAUGAAUUGGAUUGCACAACAAUUGCAGGUCACUUGAAAAGAUAUACUAGCGGCGAGUUGAAGAAAUUCACCACGAAUUUCUCAACGUCUAAUUUGAUUGCCCGUGGAGGAUUUAGCACUGUCUAUUUAGCUGAAUUUCCUAAUUUAACUCUAGGAGCUGUCAAGAUCAUGGACAGCAGCAGCGAGCGUCUCAACAGAAUUUACAAGCAAGAAUUAGACAUCUUGCUUCAAAUCCAACAUGAUAACAUUGUCAAGCUUCUUGAUCACUGUGACGACGCACAAUUAGGCAAUAUGCUUGUAUUUGAGUAUGUUUCAAAUGGGACUUUACAGGACAAACUCCACGGGAAGAGAGACAUAAUUAUUCCAUGGAGAAACCGUAUGACAGUGGCAUUUCAACUUGGUCAAGCCAUUGAAUAUCUCCACGACAAAUGUCCAUUACAAAUAGUCCAUAGUGAUAUCAAAGCUUCAAAUAUAUUGUUAGAUAAGCAAUUCAACUGCAAGCUUUGUGAUUUUGGGUCAGCAAAGAUGGGAUUUUCUUCUUCAGUUUUGCCACCAACGAACCGUCUGAUGCUUGGUUCUCCAGGCUAUACUGAUCCUCACUACUUGAGAACUGGCAUUGCCUCCAAGAAAAAUGACAUAUAUAGCUUUGGAGUUGUUAUUUUAGAACUCAUUUCAGGGGUUGAAGCCUUUUCCUCAGAUAGUGGGGAGAGACUAAUAUCAAAAGCUGCUCCUGUUUUAAAGAAUGCCUCUAAAGUAGCUGAAAUGGUGGAUCCGCGCCUUAACAGGGAUUAUGAAUUGGAGGAAGCUAAGGCUAUGACAUCGCUUGCAGCAUUGUGCUUAAGUGAUUGUUCCAGUCUCAGACCCUCUGCUUCUGAAAUCUUGGAGUUUAUGAGAAGUAGAAUAUCUUCCAUCUCCUUUCUCUGUUCAGUUGAUAAAAAGGUUUGAGUAUACUAGUAGUAUUUUACAUAAAAGGAUGGAAGCAAAUUUGAGAGUUGGUGAGGUUUUUGUAAAUUUGUAUAGGGCUCUGAUGCGAUUGGGAGAUUUCAUAGCUAGGCAAAGGAAUCAGUUCAAGAAACUUUUAUACUACUUAAGAGUUGAAAGCUUGAAAUUUGAAUGGUCGAUUCAGGAUA